CUUGCAUGUUUUAAGCUAAUGAUGGAAGGCGCUCUCUCUAGUUGUGCCAAAUCUCUUUAUCAAUCAUUCCUCCUACGUUUUGACUGUGAAUUCGAUUUUAAAAUUUUAUUGAGCUCCAUGGAAAAAUAUAAUCAUAAAUUGAGGGGGUUUAUGGUUAAAUCUGAGAGAGAGUAGCUUAAUGGUGUCUCUGUUCUUCAUCACAUACCAGAAAAAAAAAAGAAAUGUCUCAAAUGAUUCAUCAAAUCCACCUCAAAAACGAAGAUUCGAUCCAAAUCUCACCUGCUCCUGCUGCUCCUCCCCUCACCGCGAAUCACUCAUCUAAUCGAAUAAGCCCAAUCCUUCUCUUCAUCAUCGUUCUCCUCUCCGUCGUCUUCUUCAUCUGCAGCAUCCUACAUUUAACGGUCAAAUGUUACUUAAAGAAGAAAAGAUCGAGACUUUCUUCCUCCGCGGCGGAUUCCGAUCGAAACCCAGAACUCUCCGACUCCUCCGACACUUACCAGAGACAGCUCCAGCAGCUGUUCCAUCUCCACGACUCUGGUCUCGAUCAAGCCCUGAUCGAUGCCCUUCCCGUUUUCCUCUACAAAGAGAUCAAAGGCUCCAAAGAGCCGUUCGAUUGCGCGGUGUGUCUCUGCGAAUUCUCCGAAGACGAUAAGCUCAGGCUGCUUCCGAUUUGCAGCCACGCUUUCCACAUCGAUUGUAUCGACACGUGGCUGCUCUCGAACUCGACGUGUCCGCUCUGCAGAGGAACCCUUUAUCCGUUAGGGCACCAAUUCGAAAACCCGGAUUUCAAUUUCGGGUUUUUCGCCGGAGAAGAUGGAGAGAGGGCUUCUCCGGGGGAGAAACCGGCGGAGAGUGAUAUCAUGAGUGGGAAGAGAGUGUUCUCAGUGAGGCUUGGGAAGUUCAGGAGCAGUAAUAUUAAUGAAGGUGAAGGAGGAGGAGGAGGAGGAGGAGAGACAAGUGGGUGUGUGAGUGUGAACAGUAGUCUUGACAACAGGAGAUGUUUCUCAAUGGGGUCUUAUCAGUACAUAGUGGCUGAAUCAGAUCUGGUGGUUGCUUUGUGUCCUAAUAAUGAAGGUUCGAAGAAUGUGAAAGGAGAGAGUGAGAGUAAUGUUGAAGGGAAGAAGCUUAACAUGAGAAGCAAAGGUGAGAGCUUUUCUGUGUCAAAGAUUUGGCAAUGGUCUAAUAAAAGAUCAAAGUUUGCAAACCAAGCAGAAACCAAUCUAGUGGGUUCUUCUUCUGCAUCUUCCUCCUCUUAUGCUUGUUCCGGUAGUACAGUUGGUGCUGGAUUAUCAUUGAAUGGAAGGAGAUUUCAGGGGCCAUGAUAAGAGAUAAUGGGGUUAGGUACAGAUCAAGGUGUAGCUAAUUUUCUGCUGUUGAUUUAAUUAAAUCAUUGAUUUUGAGUUUUUUUUUUCUUUCUGAAAUUCAUUUUGUUAACACUAUAUACUGUAGUGGUGGUCUUUUUGUGUCUUUGUAGCUGAAUCUCUUUGUGUUUGUUAAGAGGAGAAUAAGCUUUGUUCUUUGAUUAA